AAUUGUAAUUCACGCUUCUUGAACAAUCCGCCAUCUCUCUCUCUCGCGAUCAGAUCGAUAAUGGCGUCAAGUUUCUGCUCCUCCAUCUCUAUGCAAGCUCCUAUCUCGGCUAAAACAACAAGAUUCAGUCUUCAGAAACCGGUUUCGAUUUUCAACAAUAGAAAGACUAAUCUCUCAUUCAGCUUGCAUCGACGUUCGAUGCCUGCUCGUCUCGCAGUUUCUUGUGCAGUCAAGCAAGAGACAGUGGAGAAAGUGUCAGAGAUUGUGAAGAAGCAAUUGUCGCUCACCGAUGAUCAAAAAGUCACCGCGGGAACCAAAUUUACCGAACUUGGAGCUGAUUCUCUCGACACGGUUGAGAUAGUGAUGGGUUUGGAGGAGGAGUUCGGGAUAACAAUGGCGGAAGAGAGAGCAAAGGAGAUUGCAACAGUCCAACAGGCUGCUGAACUCAUUGAAGAACUCGUCCAAGAGAAGACUGCUUAGUUAAGGAAACAACCAAAGGCUUUUGUGUUUUGUUAUUGUCUUUUGCUCAAUUGUGUCAUGCUUUGUUGUAUUGUCUUAAUUUUCCCUAGUGGUUUAUUGUGUCAAUCUUUGGACUACUACAAAACUUUCCUUUAGAUUAUCGAGGAACAGAGAGAUUCACAAGAAACUUAGAUAAAUAAA